AUGUUUUUCAUUCGACACGCUAAUGAGGUUGGGCUUGAUGACGGACGGUCAGAGCCAAGGUGUCAUUUUACAUUUUUGGUUCAUAUUAGCUCAAUAUGUUGUGUUUAUCAUAUUAAAUGGUUGUCGAUAAUUACUGCAACCAUUCUUGUGGCUAUCUUUCUUACACUCACAGCUUACAAUAGGAAUAAAUUAUUACCAUCAAAAGUAUACGUCAAUGUUGCUCGUUGGUCUGAAAAACAAGCAAAUGAAUGGUACUCUAGACAACCCUGGUAUGUUGGAGCCAACUUCAUUCCGUCCACUGCUGUCAACGUUCUUGAAAUGUGGCAAGAAGAUACAUUUGACAUAAGAACAAUUGCAAGUGAGAUAAGAUGGGCAUCGACCACUUAUAACAUGAAUAUCAUGAGAGUAUUUUUACACUAUCUAUUGUGGAAAGAAAAUGCAAAAAAAUUCUAUAAUAGAAUUGAACAGUUCCUAAACCAGUGUGAAACAUAUGGAAUUAAAGUUAUCUUUGUUCUAUUCGAUGAAUGUUGGAAUCCUCUGCCUAAAUUGGGCAAACAGCCAAAGCCGAUUCCGGGCGUGCACAAUUCACAAUGGGUCAGAUGUCCAGGACAAAAUAUACUAGAAGAUCAGACAAAAUGGACAAUGCUUAAACAGUAA